UUGUCGGACUCUCUAAUAAUGCGAGAUCGUGCCAAUGACACAAAGUUUUAUACAUUGAAAACUACUCAGUCGACUGAACCCAGUUCUGUAGAAACCGAAGAAUAUGAUGAGACCACUGAAACUACUACAGAGACUGUGGAUUCCAAUGUUACCAUCGCACCGGAUGAUAACGCAAAGUAUAUAAAAGUGGAAUUACCAAUAAUGAAUGUUUCGGGUAAAUUUAUACCCGGCGAGGUUUCUCGGAAGAAUGUUUAUGAUAUUGAUGAUUCUUUCGACUCUCUGUAUGAUGUUACACCUCGCCGGGGUAUGUCCUACGAUACCAGCAUCAUACCGUUGGUCCAAUUCUCCCUAAAAAAUACUGAUGUACAGCAAAAGGGCGGUGAAGAUGAUUAUAAAUAUAAAAUGAACUACAAUUGGAAACCUGUAACUCCAGAUGACAGGUUAUUACUAUCAAGUCGAUUUGUGAAAAAAAAUUCGUAUAAACAGAAAUACAAUGCAAAUAAUCGUCUUAAUUUUAAAACAAAAAAGCCACCAUUAGCGAUAACGCAACAUGUUUUGGCUAAUUUCACAAAAGGAUUUACAAUUGGAAAUUCGUCAUUAGUACAUAAGGAAAUACCAGGAAAUAUUUCGUGGGACUUUAUUGAUGAUCUCAUGAGAUCGUUUCGUAAAACAGCACCGACUAAAAGAGUUACAACAACAACCUUACAAAUUUUUAGCAAUACGUCCAAUUUAUUACAGAAUAUCUUAGAUACAAAGCACAUUUCUAGCGUAUAUUUGUCACCCAAUUUAUCCAUAUAUUAUAAAGAUGUUCCAUUGCACGCUUCCGUUACCAGAAAACCAACAAUAACUACUGAGAAUUCGUUUCAGGUUAUUAAAGCUACAGAAAAUGAUUUGCUUUCAACAAAAUCUACAGUGCCAAUAAGAAGGCACACAAAUGUUGCGAAUGCGGCGCAUGCUGAUUACAAUAACAGUGCAAUAAAAACUACUUCAUCAUGGCAUAAUAUAUCUUUUGAUGUAGAUGGAGAUAGUAUUAUUGUAAAAACUAGCGCUACGACGACCUAUGAGAACUCUACGUCUUCCAUUUUUAUUACAAAAAGAGACGAAAACUUGACUGGUUCCCUGGUAGAUCGCGAGUCGUGGGACAACGUGGUGCAAGUGGCGCCAGUCAUGGCUGGCAUUUUGUACCUGAAGGCUAACCAGACUCAGAUACAAGACUUUAAUGUUACAAGUGGCACUAAACGCAAGAAACGGUAUAUAGAGUCGGUGCCGGUAGAGAAUGCGCGCCCUCACAAUAUCACAACAAAGGGCGACGUAAUUACCACGGCUGCAGCCAAAUACGACAUCGCAGACAUGCAGGACUUCGCACAGCUUGUUGAGAUACAGGAUGACGAGCUGCACGGACGCGUUGCUCUACGCUACCUGCGACGCUACGUCGGACCAGCGUUGUUUAAUAUUUGUGAUACCGAUACGGCUACACGACAUGUGUAUUUGUUCAAUUCUUCGAGAAUUGUUCUUGCUAUAAGCAAUUUUACGAUGGAUAGUAUGACAGUGAUAAUAACUCCUGCACGUACGGUAAUGACAGGUGAUGGCCAAUGUCCCGCUGACCACCUCGAGUGCCAAGUGUCGGGGGCUCGAGUCUGUAUCGAUUCUCUGACCGCUUGCGAUGGGAUACCCAACUGUGGUUCUUAUGAGAUAUACGACGAGGAUCGAUUGAUGUGCGGUGCUGCUAUUGGUCUCCAGCAUAACGUCUACCUUGCUGCCUUCGCGUUCCUUGCCGUACUCCUAACUACGUUGUAUGGGGUCCAUUAUUGGCUAAAAAGAUGGGUGCCUAAAGUUUCUGAGGCGUUCUUCUUAUAUACGAAUGGAAGCGAAAAUAUGUUAUAUUUGGACACAAUUAUGCGAUCUCCAACAGAUGAGGAUGAUGUAUCUAAAAUGGCUUAUCAAGGAAACAUUUUGGAUGAUGAUUUGCUUAUGUUCUCAGAAGUGAGUGGAGGAAAAAAGUCUAAAAGAUUUAAAAGAUUUUUUAAAUCAUUCUUCACGUGUAGUUUGUUUCGAAAGAAGCGAAAGAAACAAGAUGCGUACGACAGUAUGGCACAAGAAGGUUUGUAUGCAUCUCUUGAAGAAAACAAGAAGAGAUAUUCAUAUGCGGAGUUAGAAUUAAGGAAAAUGUUAGACGCUGAGAGACUUAAAAGAGAUAUUGCUGUGCAAACUAGUGAUAGUUUAGAAAUGAGACAAUCCACAAGAUUAGGUACAAGUCCCAAUAGCACUAAAAGACAAUUUCAGGUACCACAAGAAAAAAAUAUAACUGAGAGCUUACUGGUUUUGAAUGAAAAUGUUUCACUUCAAGAUAUAGAUAAACUACGUUCUUUAGAUGAACUCAACAUUUUAAAUUUCUUUAACUCGAAAGAGUCUACCAAAUCAAUGUCCUCUGAUACGGUUAAAACUAAUUCUCCAGACAGAAGUAGCAUAACUUUUGAAGAAAAAGAAAUUAACAUUCAUACUUAUGAUCAGAAAACUAAAACAGACAUUCCUAAAACUUCAACAUUAGCAAAAGCUUAUGCACACGGGAAGGGUCUACCAGACCGAGGCAAAAAACACUUAAGAUUUGAAGAAGAAACUACCACAAUACCCCCGAAAGAUCAAGAAGAUGAAAGCGAUGAAGAGGUAAGCGAAAAUUUGAAUCGCCGUCGAAGUGUGGUGUUUGGGUGUUGGUAG